CUUCCGUGCCUGAGCGGUGCAUCAUGAGAAUCCAAAGAGUGCCGGGUUUUGUGUGCCUGCGUACAACCAGAUCAGAAAACACGUGUUUGUGGAAACUGUGAAGAGCUGGUCUGGAGCUCAGAGCUACUGUAGAGAGAAGCACACAGACCUGGCCACUGUGCGCAGCCAGGAAGAAGCAGAGCAGCUCUUAAAUAUUGCAGGAGCUUCUCUCUGGGGUUCCUGGAUCGGGCUGUAUCAUGAUGACACACAGAACUGGCAGUGGUCUAACAGCGAUGAUGUCAUCUACUCCAACUGGAGGACAGACGACUUCUGUGCUUCAGUCAAUUCAGACGGAAAGUGGACUGAUUUACCCUGCCACCUUCAGAAAGCCUUCAUGUGCUACAAAGAGCCCAGCAACAUCACUGAGAGAUACACCCUGAUUGAAGAAUUGAAAACCUGGACUGAAGCUCAGCAGUACUGUAGAGAACACCACACCGACCUCGUCAGUAUAAAGAACGCCAGUGAAAAUGAAGAAAUAGUGAAGAAAGCGCAGGGCAAGCGCUUCUGGAUAGGCCUGUUCAAUGAGCCCUGGAAGUGGUCACACCAGGGGGAUAACUACACAUUUCACAACUGGAGAAAUGGGGAACCAAACAAUUGGGGAGGGGAUGAGAAGUGUGUGGCGAUGAGUAACACUGGUGAAUGGUUUGACUAUGGUUGCAACAAUCAGAAGUCCUUCUUCUGCUGUGAGGGAGGCUCCUCUGGUCAGUGUUUCUAUGAAGGAGCUUGGAAGACAUGGCAGGAAGCUCAGAGCUACUGCAGAAACCAAGGCAGAGACCUGCCCACCAUUCAAGACCAGGCCAGGGUUAAUAAGCUUAUAGGUCUUAUACCUUCAUAUAGUAACGGGUAUUACUGGAUCGGGCUGCAUCGUGACAAAGAGAACUGGCAGUGGUCCAGUGGAGGUGAUGUCAUCUACUUCAACUGGGGACGAUACCUCUUCUGUGCUUCAGUGAAUUCAGAGGGAGAGUGGGAGGAUUCACUCUGCAGUCAGAGAAACUAUUUCAUGUGCUACAGCGAGCCCAGCAACAUCACUGAGAGAUACACCCUGAUUGAAGAACUGAAAACCUGGACUGAAGCUCAGCAGUACUGUAGAGAACACCACACCGACCUCGUCGGUAUAAAGAACGCCAGUGAAAAUGAAGAAAUAGUGAAGAAAGCGCAGGGCAAGCCCUUCUGGAUAGGCCUGUUCAAUGAGCCCUGGAAGUGGUCACACCAGGGGGAUAGCUACACAUUUCACAGCUGGAGCAAAGGGGAACCAAACAAUCAGGGAGGGGAUGAGAAGUGUGUGGUGAUGAGUAUGACUGGUGGAUGGAAUGACUAUGGCUGCAACAAUCAGAAGUCCUUCUUCUGCUGUGAGGCAGAAUCCUCGAGGCCCCCUUCCACUCCGCUCUCUCAAGAUAACAUGGCAACAGCAAGGGUCAAACUAAACGUACCCCAAGGAGUGAAUCUUGAGGACCCCAAAGUGAGCGAAGCCAUUUUAGAGCAGAUUCGGGAGCACCUCUCCAAGAACAUUGCAAUGGACGGUGUUAAUCUGCGCUGGAGAAAACAAGACAGGGAGAUAUUCCACAAGGAGGAAGAGGAGGAGGAGGAGGAGGAGGAGGAGAAGGAGAAGUACUUCGAGCCGUGAGAUACCAGCACCCAGAAUGACAAGUGGGGGCUUUCAGAGCAACACUGUCUUAUAUUAAUCUGACAUUAUCUACUGGUUUAUAUUACUCUGACAUUAUCUACUGGUUUAUAUUACUCUGACAUUAUCUACUGGUUUAUAUUAAUCUGACAUUAUCUACUGGUUUAUAUUACUCUGGCAUUAUCUACUGGUUUAUAUUACUCUGGCAUUAUCUACUGGUUUAUAUUAAUCUGACAUUAUCUACUGGUUUAUAUUACUCUGACAUUAUCUACUGGUUUAUAUUACUCUGGCAUUAUCUACUGGUUUAUAU